AUGGCGACGGUGGCUUCAGUUCCAGCGGCCCCAGGUGUAGCUGAUCCAGUCGCUCCACAGCCAGUGAGCUCCGAGACAGCUAUUCCUGCUGUAGUUACUCAGGAAACAGCUGCUCUGGAAGAAGAGACUUUGAAAGCAACUACUUCAGGAACGGAGUCUUCGAGUUCAGGGGCUGAGACUGAAGGAACAGAGGCCACCGACGGAACAGAGGUCACCGAAGUAGAGCUUCCAACUCUAGAGGCAGAUACCACCAAAGUAGAGCUUCCUACUCCAGACACAGAGACCACCGACGUAGAGCUUCCUAGUUCAGAAACAGAGACCAUCAAAGUAGAACUUCCUAUUCUAGAAGCAAAGACCCCUAAGACGGAGACUCCAAAGGUAGAAACAAUAGAAGUAACGCCAGCUACGAAACCUAUACCUGUUGAGAGGCCCACGGAUGGUAUAGGGAACUUCGAAACAGAUGACUCCACGGUUACAGAUCGUGAGGAUCCGGAAUUCUGGGCGUUAUAUGACUGGGACGAUAUUGAAGAGGAGCUUGCACAGAUUUCUGGAACAUGUCGGGCUCAGAUUGAUGCGAACAAGGCUAGAUUUCAACCACAUUUGCCGGUGAAAAAGGAGCCCCAGGGGACAAAACUGGUUAUACACAAGGAGCCUGUCGAAUUUAAACCGUCAUCCAAGGUACAAAUGGGACUAGGAGUGACGUACAACAAACCUCGCGGUCCUCCGAAGCAUACCCAACAUGGUCCCUCACAGCCUUUCCGGCCCCCACGGCAUCUACAGAAUCCACGCCCUCCGUAUCAUCAGCCCCCGCAUCCUCAGCUUUCUCCGUAUACUCAGUAUCAUCAGCCCCCGCCUCCUCAGUACCCUCCGUAUCCUCAGUAUCCUCAGUAUCCUCAGGUCCCCAAUCCUCAGCAUACUCAGCAGAUCCCAUAUCCUCCACAGGCUCCACACAGGUGGGGAGAUCCACGUCAGGCCCAGUUAGCUAUGAUAAAUAGACAGCAUAUUGGACCCCGUGUAGCUUCCCAGGCACAGAUACCAUCAUCAGUACCGCCACCACCACCACCUCCGACAUUCUUUAUCCCACAGCAAGCGAAUAUACAAUUGCCAAUACUACCUGAAGUUGGCAAGAAUAACACCCGACAGGAAAAUCUCCCCCCAAUAAUACAUCCUCCCAUGUAUAAUCCGCCCCAGAUGACCCAGUAUGUCGAAUUGCCUAGUAACAGUGUUGUGACCAUGUUUGACUUUUGGCUCGGCGAUCCCUUUGAUCCCCCUCUGAUCUCCGGGGCAUGGGAAAGACUAACCAUCGCGGCGCCUGGAGAAAUGAGACUCUCUACUCUUUUCGAAGAUUACUAUGCGAAGAUGUCCCGGCGCCGCAACAGAAUCACCCCCAGCGCCGAUGGCUGGUCCAACAUCGUAGGCAAAGGGCGUGCCCCCCUCCGGAAGCCCUCGGAGCUCACAAAACCCCACAACACCCUCUCCGACUCCACCACCCCCGAAUACACCACCUGGCACCCCACCGCCGUCAAAAACCUUGCUACAGCCACCACCGACCUAAACUCCUCCCCCCUCCUCCAAACUCUCACAGCAGCCCUCACAAGCACCUCCACACCACCCAUCACCUCCGUCGUCGUCCUCGGCCUCGGAAGCCUCCACGGACCCACCUACACCAGUAGCUUACUGCAGCUCUCUCUUGCGCUAGCACUGUCAAAGCUCCUGGAUGCAAAGCUCUACCUCCAGGACCCCGCGUUCAGUACCGCCGAUACACGCUUCCUAACAGAGGAGCUCGGCGCAACGGUCCUCGUGGAUCCUGAGGCACAGGCAAGAAUUGGCGCGGAGGUGAUGCUGUUUGCGCCGCAUUUGGAGUAUGAGGUGUUGCAGAGCGCGUUGCGCGCAAGACCGGGGGUGGUGCUGGCGAAUGAUGUGGCGGCGUUUAUGGAUUUGAAGAUUAAUGCGGCGGCAGCGUAUCCGGAGUUUGUGGACUGCCUGCGGGAGUGUGAUGCGGUGGUUUUGACGGGCGUGGAUGGGAGUGAGGAUAUUGGUGGUGGGAGGGCGUUUAAUCAUACGGCGCUGUAUGUCCGCCGUGAGAAGCCGCUGGUGGAGGAGACAGUGAAGGAAGAGCAGGUAGCAGAAGGCACCAUUAAAAAGAAGAAUAGGAGGAAUAGGAAAAAGAAGGUGAGUGGGGUGGAAGUAAAUGUAGAGGAUGUCGCCAAGGGUAUGAAUAGUAUCGCUCUUUAG